UGUUGUUUGGGCCCUUAAAAUAAACACAAAAAAAAUAAGUAAUUCUAAUUCAUUUCUUCAUCUUCCACAAGACUUCUUCUUCGUGAAUGCAGCGCUGUAUUAGUUAUUUGUUGAAGUUUUGAUCUCAUUGUUUUUGAAAGUAUUAUGAAUAUCGAUUCGUUGAAAAGUAGCGAGGUCGAUAAAUGUCCUCCAAACUUGGCCAUGUCAUCAUCUUUUGCCCGUGCGGUUUACUCUGAGAUUGAAGAGAUAGGAUGGGAACAUUUGGUAAAGUUGGCCGAAGAUUUGUCAUUUGUUACGUUUCGUGUUGUUGACAAGAAGGAACGAGUUCAUGUGCUAGAGAUUAUGUUGGAUAAAUCUUAUCCAAAUUGCCCACCAUCAGUUUCAGCUGACGUGCCUUACUUGUUCAAUUUGGAAUGGUCAACGAAUUCAAGACUUAAGGAUGUUGUAAAGCAAUUUAGACAGCAUCUGGAGAAGUUUCAACUAUUUUGGUCCAUAGUGGAAGAUAUUGACCAAACUCUGUUGGUUUGUGAUUCAGCACAGUUGCAUCGUGGCACAUCAAUCCGCCAUAUCAACAUUGGGCAUGAUUGCUCUAUCAUAUUAUUUAUACAUGUCAACGAGCCAGGAUCUUUACCGGAGUGUCGUUUUAUGGGCUCAGAUGAAAAGAUAAACUUACUAAGGGAUAAAUGGCAGAGGAAUCGGAAGAAAUGGACAAAAGACAAAGUAUUUGCUGAAAAUCUAGCAAACUUGUUGGAGUUUCAACUUCCCGGACCUCCGGGUGUUGAGAAAAAUGAUCAGCAAAUAGAAUGUGGAAUCUGCUAUUCACAAUUUCUCCCAACAGAUGACGAACUUGGAUCUAAAAGUGGAGGCAGAACAGAUUAUACCUGUGAAAAUAGUACCUGCAGCAAGGCUUUUCACAGUGUUUGCCUUGAGGAUUGGUUGCGUUCCAUCACUACAACAAGGCAGUCAUUUGAUGUUUUAUUUGGGAAUUGUCCAUAUUGCUCGGAGCCAGUUGCAGUCAAAAUCGGCACAAGAAAAUAGAUCAUUUUCUGCUUACAGUUCUCAUUUCAUGAAAUCAAGAUAUUGAGUAUAGAGUAAGUAUGGAAGUCAGCAGCAGGGUCGAACCACAGGUUUAUUCUUUGUUCCCUAUCACCUUUCCCAUGAGCAUAUACAUUGGUCUGAACCGAGUAUGGCUGCCCUGUUCGGUUCCCCAAGAACUCAAAAUCCAGCUCAUCACGAAUUUCAUUAGUAUCUGAAUUCAUCUGCCAUGAAAACCAUGUUUUUAUGGAAAAAAGCUCUCAUAUAUAGCAAGUUUUUUGUCAUAUUUUUUUUGUUAAAGAUGUAAGAAUCUUACAUAAAAGGCGGUUACAGUGCCUGCAGAAUCGCCUGGAAUAAGUUUUAUCUUCAUGCUUACAUGUCCAAACAGAUAUUUGCUUUUUGAAGCAAAACCACAACCUGUAUCACAAAAUCAUAUCAACGAGGCGAAAAACUCAGUAACAUUAAAAUGAAAGGUGGAAUGUAGCUAAACCUGAAUUUUGGUCAAGGAGAAGUUGAAUGGCCCUUCCACCAUCGAGUUGCUUGAUAUGAGAAUCCGACCAUGUUACAUGAAAAUCCUGCAAGAAUGUAGCCGGUUUGGUGUUUGCCACAUGGGUCAAUGUCACUAACCCAAUUAGGACAGUUGUCAAGACAAUGUGGUUACAAAAUCGUAUCGACGAAUAUGUCAUUUUGGGUGAGUGUUUCGUGUGAUCAUGUUGUAUAUAGAAGGAUGUAUAUAUAGGCAUAUAUUUUGGAUCA